AUGUCUGAUCAUAAAACUAUAGAAGAAAGGACGGUGCAGGCAGAAAGGGAAGCACAGGCUAUCGAAGAAGAAUUAGACAAGAUAACUCGAGGAGAUCUUAGUUACAUCGGUGACCCGCGGCUAGAGAAGCUAUCCACUGAGAAUGAGAAGCUAAAACAUCGCUUAGUUAUUUUAGAAAAUGCGAUCAAAGCUGAAUGUUCCGGGUCUAAGACAACAGCUGUUAAAAAGGAGCCGAAGAAGCGCCCAAACUUAAUCACUGACGUCAACUCUGUUGAAGGCAACAUAUGUUUAGUGGAUGAGUUAAAAAACAUAUUCGAAGUGGCCAUUACGUCUGCCUAUCCUGACCUGGAGGACCCCCCUGUUGUUAUUACUUUGUCUGGUAACAAUCCUAAAUUCGGCGACUACCAAUGCAAUUCAGCUAUGGCAAUCUCACAACUAUUAAAAGCUAAGAAUGUUAAGACUAACCCUCGAGAAGUGGCCAAUAACAUCUUGAACAAAACCCCAACCUCACCAUUCAUUGAGCGAAUAGAAGUGGCUGGUGCUGGCUUCUUAAACAUCUACAUCAACAAAAUGAUGGCUGAACACAUCUUAAACUGUAUCCUAAGGUUUGGAGUAAAACCUCCUCCAGUAAAAAGGGAAAAGAUUGUUGUUGACUUCUCAUCUCCCAACAUCGCUAAAGAGAUGCAUGUUGGGCACUUAAGGUCUACUAUCAUUGGAGAAAGCAUUUGUCGCAUACUUGAGUUCUUGGGUCAUGAUGUUUUGAGGAUCAAUCAUUUAGGAGACUGGGGAACACAGUUUGGAAUGUUGAUAGCUCAUCUCCAAGAUAAAUUCCCUGACUACAAGACUCAUUCCCCGCCAAUCUCAGAUCUGCAAGCUUUCUAUAAAGAAUCUAAGAAAAGGUUUGAUGAAGAUGAAGAAUUCAAGAAGCGAGCUUAUGCAUGUGUGGUGCAGUUACAGUCACACCAGCCUGACUACAUCUCUGCAUGGAAACUAAUAUGUGAUGUGUCCCUACAAGAGUUCCAGAAAAUUUAUGACCGGCUAGACAUCAGUAUCAUUAAUCGAGGAGAGUCUUUUUAUCAAGACAGGAUGGAUGUUGUAGUAAAGCAGUUAAAAGAUGCUGGGUACUUAGAAGAAGACGAAGGCAGGCUAAUCAUGUGGGGAAGCUCUGAUAAACAUGAAGGUAUACCACUAACAAUUGUAAAAUCUGGUGGAGGCUACACCUAUGAUACAUCUGACAUGGCCACCAUAAAGCAAAGGGUAGAGGAAGAAAAAGGGGAUAGGUUUAUUUACGUCACUGAUGCUGGCCAAGCCACACAUUUUGUUAUUAUAGAAGCUUGCGCCCGCAGGGCUGGCAUCUUGAAAAAUAACCAAAAGAUAGAACAUGUUGGUUUUGGUGUAGUGUUAGGAGAGGAUAAGAAAAAAUUCAAAACAAGGUCUGGUGACACUAUAAAGCUUAUUGAGUUACUUGAUGAAGGUUUGAAAAGGUCCAUGGACAAACUGGUUGAGAAAGGACGAGACAAAGUCUUGUCACCUGAAGAACUGAAGCAGGCUCAGGAAGCUAUUGCUUAUGGAUGUAUUAAAUAUGCUGAUCUCUCACACAAUAGGAUUAAUGAUUACAUAUUCUCUUUUGAUAAGAUGUUGGAUGACAAAGGUAACACCGCUGUCUACCUCUUGUAUGCCUUGACUCGAAUCCGGUCAAUAGCAAGGACUGCACAGAUCUCACAGGAACAAUUGAAGGCUGAGAUUGAAAAGUCUGGCUUCAAGUUUGGUCAUGAAGCUGAAUGGAAACUGGGAAAAGUAUUACUAAGGUUCCCAGAAAUUAUAUUGAAAGUAUCCAGUGAUCUGUACCUGCACAGCCUGUGUGAAUACUUGUAUGAAAUAUCUUCAGCGUUCACUGAAUUUUACGACAAGUGCUAUUGUGUCGAGAAGGAUAAAGAAGGAAAGAUAGUCAAGAUAAUCUACGAAAGGUUGAUGUUGUGUGAAAUCACUGCCAGAGUCAAGAAAUGCUUAGACAUCCUAGGAAUCAAAACAGUAUCCAAAAUGUAA